AUGGCACGAAACGAGGCUAAGCCUCCGUACCUGGACGAGAAGCCCCCGAGGCAGCCCAGCACAUCACCAAGCCGAACACCCAAUCCGAAGAACAAAAAGAGCGCGCCGAAAAAGACCCCAAGCUAUGCCUCUCAAGGCGUCAGCGAUCAUGACAUCUUCCAGCUGCCAGGCUCUGACUGGCAGUUGCUGGGCCUGUUGACAUUGGUGGCAUUCGUCGUGCGGCUAUUCAGGAUAUACCAGCCCAGCAGUGUCGUCUUCGAUGAAGUCCACUUCGGUGGCUUUGCGUCCAAGUACAUCAAGGGCAAAUUCUUCAUGGACGUACACCCUCCGCUCGCCAAACUGCUCAUUACACUCGCUGGAUGGCUGGCUGGAUUCGAUGGAGACUUCGAUUUCAAGGACAUUGGGAAGGACUACGUGGAGCCGGGUGUGCCGUACGUCGCCAUGCGAUUGUUGCCGGCCCUCAUGGGCGUCAUGACCAUUCCCACCAUGUUCUUGACACUCAAGGCUGCGGGUUGCCGAACGACAACUGCUGCGCUGGGAGCCGGCCUCCUCAUCUUCGAGAAUGGCCUCCUUACGCAGUCUCGUCUCAUCCUCCUCGAUUCGCCGCUCAUUAUCUUCACUGCCUUGACGGCUCUUUCUUGGACUUGCUUCACAAAUCAGCAUGAACAGGGCCCGACCAAGGCCUUCAAACCAAGUUGGUGGUUCUGGCUGGCAGCUACUGGCUUCUCUUUGGGUGCUACGGCCAGCGUUAAGUGGGUUGGACUCUUCACAAUCGCGUGGGUGGGCAGCUUGACUGCGCUGCAGCUCUGGGUCCUACUGGGAGACACAAGGACUGUCACUCCGAGAAUAUGGUUCAAGCACCUCCUCGCACGCGUGUUCUGCCUGAUCAUCAUCCCAAUAACCUUCUACAUGGCCAUGUUCGCCAUCCACUUCCUCUGCCUCGUCAAUCCCGGUGAUGGCGACGGCUUCAUGUCGUCCGAGUUCCAAGCGACGCUCAACUCGAAAGGGAUGCAGGACGUCCCAGCAGAUGUGGCAUUCGGCAGUCGCAUCAGCCUCCGCCACCACAACACCCAAGGAGGCUACCUACACUCUCAUAGCCACAUGUAUCCCGGUGGAAGCAAACAGCAGCAGAUCACUUUGUACCCGCACAAAGACGAGAAUAACAUCUGGUUGGUGGAGAACCAAACGCAGCCGGAAGGCCUUGAUGGUCCGAUUGUAGGUCCGAAAGCCUGGGAUAACCUGGAACCAACCUUGCUUGAAGACGGCUCCGUUAUCAAGCUCUAUCAUGUCACAACCGAUCGCAGACUGCACUCCCACGACGUCCGUCCUCCAGUCACGGAGGCCGACUGGCAGAAUGAGGUAUCGGCUUACGGCUACGAAGGGUUUGAAGGCGAUGCGAAUGAUUUGUUCAGGGUUGAGAUCAUCAAAUCUAUGUCCGAGGGUGCAAAGGCGAAGAGUCAUGUCCGCACCAUCCAAACCAAGUUCAAGCUCGUCCACAUCAUGACUGGCUGCGUGCUCUUUUCACACAAGGUUAAGCUACCGGACUGGGCCUUCGAGCAACAGGAGGUCACUUGCGCCAAGGGCGGCACUCUCCCCAACAGUGUCUGGUACAUCGAGUCGAACGAGCAUCCAAUGCUUAAAGAAGACGCAGAGAAGGUCAACUACCGCAACCCCGGCUUCUUUGGCAAGUUCUGGGAGCUACAGAAGGUUAUGUGGCGUACCAACGCCGGCCUUGUUGAGUCGCACGCUUGGGACUCUCGACCACCGUCCUGGCCAAUCUUGCGCCGUGGCAUCAACUUCUGGGGCAAAGACCACCGUCAGAUCUACCUUAUCGGCAAUCCAGUCAUUUGGUGGUCCUCUACCGCCGCUAUUGCCGUGUAUCUUGUCGUCAAAGGCCUCGCAGUCCUUCGCUGGCAGCGCGGCUACAACGACUACAGCAACGUAACCUUCAAGCGCUUCGACUACGAAAUUGGCACAUCGAUCCUGGGCUGGGCUUUCCACUACUUCCCCUUCUACCUCAUGCAGCGCCAGCUCUUCCUCCAUCAUUACUUCCCUGCGCUAUACUUCGCCAUCAUCGGCUUGUGCCAGACCCACGAUUUCCUCACCAACCGCUUUGCUGGCCUAGGCUUCAAACAACACCCUGCAAUCGGUCGAACCGGCGCUGUCGCUUUCUUGGCACUCAGUAUCGUGGCAUUCACCCUCUAUGCUCCUCUCGCGUACGGCAAUACCUGGACCCAAGACCAGUGCAGAAAAGUUAAGCUUUUCACCACCUGGGAUUGGGACUGCAACACCUUCCACACAUCGUACGACCAAUACUCCAAAUUCCCAUCCGCCCUCUCUGCCGCCGCGCCAUCCUCCCCCGCACCAGCGGUACCGCACAUCCACACCGACUCCGGCGCCCACAAAGAAGCCGUGACGCCGCAAGCGAUAGCCGACCAGCAAGUCAUCGCCCGCGAAGAGAAGAUUGAGUACAGAGACGAAGAAGGCAACCUCCUGAACGAAGAGCAAGUCGCCGCACUCGAGGGCCAGGUCAGCUUUAAGACCAGAUAUGAGACCCGCACACGGGUUGUCGAUGCGUAUGGGAAUGAGAUUGAGAAUAAUGUGCCUGAGGAGGUCGCGCCGGUGCAUCCAGACGUUAAUCCCGAGACGGCGGGGGUGCCGGAAGCGCAGGCGAAUGAGGCGCCGCCCACGGUGGAGGUGGGGGAGGAUGUUGCGAAAGAGAGAUUGGUGGAGGAGAGGGUUGAGAGUGCGAGACCGGGGAGUGAGGGUCAGAGUGCGACGGAGUGA